UAAGAGUUGUUAGUUGCAGUCCAAAGUCUUUAGCAGUUAGUACAGCGUACGUAUUCUGUACAGAUGGAUGUGAUGAGAUGUCAAAUAUGUUUGGGGAAUCUUCAAUUGUGGUUUUCUUAGCCAUUUUUGGAGGCAGUACCCUUCUUUUAUUUCUUCUUUGUUUUUGUUGUCAAAGAAAAUUGAAACCCGAUAAUUCGACAAUAGAAGUCCCUCCGGAAGUCGUUCACGCGAAUCAUCAGAACAGCAGUCAACAGAGAGACAAUAGUGGUCGUCAAUAUCCGUUAAAUAGAAAUGACAUUGAAAAAGAAACCAGCAGUAUCCCGCAAGAUGUAGAAAUCGAGAAUUUAAUUCCUACAACAGAACAGCUAGAGCAUUUUGAAAACAUAUUGAAUGGUUUCCAGAGGGGUCGUUAUAUAGGGCUAUGGAGGAGACACGCCUCCUGUAACCAUAAACCAUUAGAAGACUGACGGAUUUUCCUUAUUUCCUGGAUUAAACUUCGGGAUUCAAAUAAACCUCGGUCUACGAAUAAAUCGCCGUGGAAUCACGAAUUGAAAGGCAUAAAAACAUGUCGAAGUACUGCAUAGUUUAGAGGGAGAGGUAAGAAAUUUAACUAAAAUUCUAUCUCUUCAGAUUCGGAUAGCACUUUCUAUUCCAAGGUUUACGGUAACAUUUGUGGAAAUAAACUUAUAUUGUCGAAUAUCGAGCAUGGGAAAGUGGUAAUUGAGUUCAUAAGUCGAGAGCUCAAGAGCCGAAUAAUAAUUUGUAAAACUCGAAUUAGAAAGAGAUGGUGAAUUCGAACCAGAAGAUAUUCAUUUCUACAAAGAUGAAGCAGGCCCACCAGUGGCCGCGUGGAUAAAACCAGUGAUUACUGGUAGUUGGUCGUGGGUUCGAGCCUGGCCAACAGGCUAUCAACGUGGAGUUUUCUGGAUUUUCUUCACGUUUGUAACACGUAAACAGGGGCCAGUUACCCGUAGAAAGUCUUUCCGGAAGGCAUCCCCUCGUCAGAUCACCCAGAUGUCGCGUUGCCGUAAAGAUAAGAUUUCUUUGGGAUUUCUCAAACACUAAAUCCGUGGAGAUAUAUGUGGAAACUUAUUACACUGAAUCACCAGAAUUUACUGUUUGAGAAAUUCUAAAAUAAAUACGAUUUGAGACGAGAAGUUUUAAUUGAAUGAUAAAGAAUCACAGAAAACAAAAAUUAUAUU